UAGGAAAAUAAGCAUCAGGUGGUUUUACAAUGGCUACACAAACUAGUGAUGUCUUCCAUGGUCAAGAUAAUAAGUUUCUGGAAAAUUGUUGCAUGAGGAGAAACAAUGACAGAAAUCCAAAGAAGCAAUUGAACCAGAAGAAUAUCAAUGGACUUGGCCAAAAUCCAGACGAUGGACUACUGGUUACACACGUUAACCAGACACAGGACUUACUGAGGCUGCAGGGGGAUAAGACCCAGCCUUCAGCUUGGGAAGACUCAGAAGAUUGGCUUUCAAUGCACAGUUUAAAGUUUGAGAAACUCACCUUGGCUGACCUGAUCAGCCAGGGCACAGCCGUGCUGGAGGAAGGCAGCAACGUCAUAAGGAAAGUGCACUUCUCCACCCAGAUCAUCCACCAAUUUGAAUCAAAACUUUCUGAAACUGUAGAACUCUAUCAACAGAGAAUUCAGUGGCUCACAGAAGACAGCAAGAAGGCAUUUGGCCUCAUCAAGGGGGCCAGAGUCGGCAUCCUCAUUGAUGUGUCAGCCGUCAGCAGUGGUCCUCAGAAGGAGGAGUUCCAAAAUGACCUCAUGAGCCUUAUCGAUGAGCAGCUGAGUCACAAGGAGAAGCUGUACGUCUUGUCCUUCAGCACCACCUCCAGCGCCCUCUGGCCAGACCCCGUGGAAGUCAACGCCUCCACCCUCCAGGAACUCAAGCUCUGGGUAAAGAAACUGCAGUCUGGUGGAGGCAGCAAUCUGCUACAAGCCCUGAGGAAAAUCUUUGCAGUAAAGGGGCUGAAUUCUCUGGUGAUCAUAAUGGGAAGCUGCCCAGAUCAGCCUUCUGAAAUUCUGUCCUACUACAUCCAACAGUCCGUCGUGGGAAGGGGCCUCAUCACCCACAUCAUCACCUACAAAUGUGACCAUCAGGUGCCCUCUGCUGUCCUGAAGAACCUUGCAGAAGCUCUUGGGGGCUACUACCACUGCUACAGCCCGGAGACGGAGAUCUAUACCAGCCAGGACGUGGACCAGCUUCUGGAAGAAAUCCAGAAGGCUCAGAACCUCCUGGGCCAUGUCCAAGCACUGCACCACAGCACACCCUGUGAGGAGCUGACCAGCAUGAUGGAGGUAGGUGGUGUGAGCGAAGAUUCUGGGACCUCCUCCCAGAGACACUCAGGGGACCUCAUUCCAUUCUCCCUUCUCACCUCUCUCUCAGUGGCGUGGCUGUGCGGCCCCCAUGUCCUGAAAGUGAAACAGUGUGAGGCCCCGCCCUCCGCCGUAGCCCAUAGCUCUGAGCUGGUGCAGAAGGCAAUGGUACAAUUUGAAUGGCAUGACGGGACAGUGAAGAAUAUUCACGUGGACCCACCCUUCCUCUAUGAGUACCAGAAACAGCUCAGCAGAGCUAUGCGGAUGUAUGAGAGGCGGAUCGAGUGGCUCUCCUUGGCCAGCAGAAGAAUCUGGGGCACCGUCUGUGAAAAAAGGGUGGUUAUACUGCUGGAUAUCUCCGUGACCAAUUCCAUGUACAUUAUUCAUAUCCAGCACUCCCUGCGGCUUCUGCUCGAGGAGCAACUAGCCAACAAGGACUGCUUCAACGUCAUCGCGUUUGGAAGCACAAUUGAAAGCUGGAGGCCCGAGAUGGUUGCUGUGAGCCACGACAAUUUACAAAGCGCAUGGCGGUGGGCCCUGACCCUGCAGUGUCGGGGCAGCAGGAACGUCCUCAGCGCCCUGCGGAAGGCUGUGGAAGUAGACUUCAAGGACAAAGACAAACACCAAUCGCAGGGCAUUUACCUCUUCACGGGGGGCAUCCCUGACCAGGACAUGCCCAUGCUCAGCGCCUACAUGGCUGAGGCCUGCGGAGGCUGCGACCUCCACCUGCACGUGUGUCUCUUCUAUGUGGGUGAGCCACAGAUGGACACCACGCCCCCUGCCUGCUAUGCCAGCCGCACUGAUACCGCCGCUGCCUACCGGGAGGUCACCCAGGCUGCUGGUGGCCGCUUCCACUGGUUUGGAGACACAGGCAUUUACGAAAGUGAUGACAUCAGUGCCAUCGCAUCUGAGAUGGAAAAGGCUCUCAACUACUCACAAAAGUGUGCCUUACUCGUGUCAUCCCUGAAGAACCAGUCCAGGAAAGAACUGGAAAGUGUAGCCCUCCCGAAAGAAAAGCCAAAGAUGCUCAAGCAAAGAAAUCAGCCCAAGAAACUCGGUCCUUCCAAGCCCACAGCCCCCUCGGUGGGCAGAAUGAGCAUUAAAGGUGACCCUGACAGAGAGAAGAGUCCCCCCUUGAAAGCUCUGAUAUGGCAUCCACUCAGUGGCAAACCAGGCAUCCCACCAGCUGCAGCCCAGCCAGUGAGAGAAGGGACCGCCGAAUGGAGAAGGAAGACCAAAUCGAGGGAGGCAGAGACAUCACUCUCACUGUUUUAUACAGAGACAGGGAAUAACGUGGGCUCAGUGUACAAGAAGUACCCUCAAGGAAGGGGCGUAAGAAGGACUAGCCCUUCUAUUGAGUUGCCCAGGAAGGACACAAUCUGCUCAAGCCGAGAGUGGGUAGCAAAUUAUGGACUAAAAAAACUGAAGAUGGAGAUCUCCAGAUACAUCGGUCCCAAAUGCACUCAUCAAAAGUCAGCACAGAGAUCAGCAUCAGCCAAGUACUGCAGCGUCUUCCCCAGCACAGAGAUCAACGGGAAAGUGAGACACAUUCAAUGGACACCCAGGGAAAUGGAGGCGUACAUCACGCGCCUGGAGAAGGUGAUGAGGCGCUACGUCCAGAGGCUGCAGUGGCUGCUGUCUGGGAGCCGCCGACUGUUUGGCACCAUUUUGGAAAGCAAAGUGUGCAUCCUGCUGGACACAUCGGGGUCCAUGGGCCCCUAUCUGCAGCAGGUGAAGACAGAGCUGAUUCUGCUGAUCUGGGAGCAGCUAAGGAAGCACUGUGACAGUUUUAACCUGCUGAGCUUUGCAGAGGACCUACAGCUGUGGCAGGACACUCUGGUGGAGACCACAGAUGCAGCAUGUCAUGAAGCUAUGCAAUGGGUGACCCACCUGCAUGCUCAGGGGAGCACCUCAGUCUUGCAAGCAUUACUGAAAGCUUUCAGUUUUCCAGAUGUGGAAGGGCUGUACCUCCUGACCGACGGGAAGCCAGACACAAGCUGCAGCCUUAUUCUGAGUGAAGUCCGAAGACUCAAGGAGAACAGAGACGUGAAAGUGCACACCGUUUCCCUGAGCUGCUCAGACAGGGCAGCAGCUAACUUCCUGAGAAGCCUGGCCUCCCUCACCGGGGGGCGCUACCACUGCCCUGCUGGUGAGGACACGCUCUUUAGAAUUCACGGCCUGCUGACCAAGGGCUUCGUGGAUGAGAGGGACCCCACGUUGCCACUAUUUGAAGGAGAUGAUUUAAGGAGAUUGGCCCAGGAGAUCACCAAGGCCAGAAGCUUCCUCCGGCAGGCCCAGUCCUUCAGGUUCCAACUCCAGAAGAAAAACAACACAGAACCAGAAGUCGCUCUUUUUUAGAGAAGUGUUCUCAGGUACAGGAUUGUCACUCACUGGGGAGUCCUGCACCGAGCCCCCUGCUUGGAACAUCCUUCUUGCCACCCUCUGCCUGGUGACUCCUGCUAGUCCAUCAAGGCACAGCUCAAGUGGCAUCAGCUGCACUGUGAAGAU